UCACUUCUUGUAUUUCACAAAACAAAUCAGUGGUAAAAUACACCUCAUUCACAGGCACCUUCCACGAGAAAUCGUCACGGUUAGGGACAAGUUAAACUGUUACAAUACCACACACCUCAAUCCAAUAUGAAAAGAACUCUGGAUGAGAUGGAUAAGGAAGGACCUUCUGAUCCAAAAUCACUUGUUGAGGACCCCAAAUCACUUGAGGAGGACCCAGAAUCACCUGCUGAGGAGGACCCAGAAUCACCUGCUGAGGAGGACCCAGAAUCACCUGCUGAGGAGGACCCAGAAUCACCUGCUGAGGAGGACCCAGAAUCUCCUGCUGAGGAGGACCCAGAAUCUCCUGCUGAUGAGGACCCAGAAUCUCCUGCUGAUGAGGACCCAAAAUCUCAUGCUGAGGACCUAAAAUCUCCUGUUGAUGAGGACCCAAAAUCUCCUGCUGAGGACCCAAAAUCUCCUGCUGAUGAGGACCCAAAAUCUACUGCUGAUGAGGACCCAAAGUCUACUGCUGAGGACCCAAAAUCUACUGCUGAUGAGGACCCAAAAUCUCCUUUGACACUUGAAGCGCGUUACAAGAAUGCUUGUGACAUUGCAGCAUAUAAAGUUGCUGAUGCGGAGAAUAAAUCAGCUUUGGCAAAAGAGGCAGUCGAGGAGACGGAAAGAGUCGGUAAACUGGUUGAAGAAAAUGAUGCAAUGUUAAAGUUUGCUGAAGAGCUUCAAGCAGAAUUGGAUGGAACUGAUAAGACUAUCGCUUUUCGUUAAAGCCAUCCACAUAUAAUUCUUUUCUCUUAGAUUUUUUAAACGAUGAAUUUUGAGUUAGUGCAUUGAGUUUUACGGUGACUACGUACCCUUUAGCCUCCGUUUAUAGCCUAUAGAAUCCUUUGGUGUGUAGCUGAAAUAUAUUGUGGACUUCAGAAUAGUACUGCUGUAAUAGAAUCGUCUAACAAUAACAAUUGAAUCCCCUUUUUAGUUUUUUAUCCUCUCUUGAUUCAGCUUACCCACCCAUCAUUUCCUUAAUAAUUUUUGAAAUGAUCCUAUAGUUA